AUGAGCGCUGCCCGACUCCUCAAUUCCUCCGGCCUUCGCUACACUGUCUUGGUGGCUGCGUCCUGCGCGGGGGUUCAUAGCUCUAGUCGAAGAGCUCCUUUGAUCAAGCUCGACAGCCCGUCAGGCCCAGCCCUCCCUCACGAUGGCCCUCUUAUUUCCUACGGACGACGUGUGAAACGUCACUUUGCCGACGCAGGGGACCCCAAGACUGCCACCAAACGAGGCGAUUCAGAGCUUACCAACAAAGCUGAUGACCCUGAUCAUUACGCUCCGGUCUUUGAAGAUGACGACGAGAAUUACUGGGCGUCUUUCUCCAGAAACUUUAACAAUGUCAGGGAAGGUAUUGCAAGAAUAGAAUGGAGUGGGUUUGGGGACAAGAUCUCGGAUAUCGUACUUCCGGCUUGGGCAAAAUUCCUACCAGACGGAAUUCAAAAACUACAAUCGGAGCUGUCUAUGCAGCCCGGGUCAUUGGCAGAUGAGAUAUGGCAAGAGGCACACGAUCCUUCUAUAAACCCAGAAAUCUUAUGGAAUGCCACAGUUCGUGUGGGAAAUACCUUGGGCAAAGACGAGCUGGAGUUCCGCCGCAGGAGAAGGAAACGCGUUGUCCAAGCUUUGGCUAGGUACCUAGACAUCAGUGAAAAAGACAUUCACCCGGACGAUGUCCCCACCAUUGCCAUUUGUGGGAGCGGAGGUGGGUUGCGGGCAAUGGUUGCCGGCGCAAGUAGCUACCUGUCUGCUCAAGAAGCCGGUCUCUUCGACUGUGUCACAUAUACGGCUGGAGUGAGUGGAAGCUGCUGGCUGCAAACACUCUUCUACUCUUCCCUUGGAAAGCAGGAUCACAAAAUACUCCUCAAGCACUUGAAGGCACGGAUUGGCACUCACAUCGCAUUUCCUCCGCCUGCGUUGAAAUUGGUCACAAGUGCCCCCACCAACAAGUUUAUUCUCAGCGGCUUCAUUGAAAAAUUGAAAGGAGACCCGAAUGCUUCAUUCGGUUUGGUGGACGUCUACAGCCUUUUGCUUGCUGCUCGGUUAUUAAUCCCUCAUGGUGAUCUCGAUGUCCAUGAUCAGGAUCUGAAAUUGUCCAAUCAACGCACGUACAUCGAGAAUGGUGAAUAUCCUAUGCCUAUCUAUACAGCUGUUCGACAUGAGAUCCCGGUUGACGAAAAAGAAGGAGGAGGAGAAGGAGAGGAAGCGAAGGAUAGUCUGGCUCUCAAGCAGAAGAUUAAAGACAAAGCGCGAAAAGAAGCAUGGUUUCAAUGGAUAGAAAUGCAUCCUUGGGAAGUCUGGUGUGAAGAAUUUGGUGCUGGGAUACCAACCUGGAGUCUUGGAAGGCCAUUUAAUAAAGGCCGAAACCAAUUGUCCGACACGGGCGUUGCUCUGCCAGAGAUUCGACAAAGUCUGCUUCUGGGGAUCUGGGGCUCUGCUUUUUGCGCCACUCUAUCUCAUUACUACAAAGAAAUCAAACCUGCCCUGGUCGGACUGGUGGGGUUCGAAGGAUUGGACGGACUUCUAACAGAAAAGAAUGAAGAUCUCAUCAAGAUUCACCCGAUCGAUCCCGCUACGAUUCCCAACUUUGUCUACGGGAUGAAGGAUCAAUUACCACCGACAUGUCCUGACUCAGUCUUCAAGAACGAUCACCUUCAAUUGAUGGAUGCUGGAAUGAGUAACAAUCUUCCGAUUUACCCACUUUUACGACCAGGCCGAGACGUUGACGUCCUAAUCGCUUUCGACGCAUCUGCGGAUAUCCAGAGAGAGAACUGGCUUUCUGUGGUUGAUGGAUAUGCCAAGCAACGCGGUAUCAAAGGCUGGCCUCUCGGUGCCGGAUGGCCCAAGGUCUCAUCGAAACCACAGGAAAAUGUCAAAGCUGUGGAUGAGGCACAGGCAACUUCUCCUCAAGAAGCAACCACCAAACUGGCCGAAGCGAGGGGAAAAGAUCACGAGGAUAAAGCAACCAACGACUCCAUCGGCGAAGACGUCCCCGGGAGUCCUACCACGGGCAAGAGUCCUGACGCAGAAAGUACCCUGGGCACCUGCAAUGUCUGGGUCGGAACCAAAGCUGAACGAUCCAGCGACGACGAACCUCCUCCCUCCAAGCGUCUGGCCUGGGACAAUCCGGAUGAUUCGACAUUCCACCUGAUGCAACCUGACGCCGGUAUCACGGUCGUGUACUUCCCUUUACUUCCGAAUCCUAAAGUUGAGGGCGUCGACCCUGAUAAGACCGAUUACCUCUCAACGUGGAAUUUCAUCUACACGCCGGAGCAGAUCGACCGGGUUGUGGCAUUGGCCAAGACGAACUUUGACGACGGCGCCGACGCCACGAAGCGCACGGUUCGCGCUGUAUACGAGCGCAAGAAGAAGUUGAGGCUCGAGCGUGAGGCGAAAGUUCGUCGAAAAGAGUGA